AUGGGCGAUAACAGAGGGAACGGCAAGCGCGCUAGCGGGUGGGGCAGACCCGAGCCCGCAAACCUAGACCCCGAACGACCGUGGGCUUCAAGUAGACGUCGCUAUGAAUGGGACGAGUCCUACGAGAAUGGUGCUGCUCCCAACGAUGAGCAAUUGGAAGAGGAGUUGUUUAGUGAAGAAAAUUUAGUAAACACUGGAAUAAAUUUUUCACAAUACAAUAAUAUCAAAGUACACGUCAAAGGAGCGAAAAUACAAUCCAUAUCAACGUUUGAUGAGGGCAAUCUUCAUCCAAUGAUAAGAGAGAACGUUAAACUGGCUCGUUAUAGCACCCCUACUCCCGUACAAAAAUAUUCUAUUCCUAUUAUUACCGAAGGAUAUGAUUUAAUGGCAUGCGCACAAACUGGUUCGGGUAAAACUGCUGCUUUUCUUGUUCCCAUACUAUCCAAUUUAUUUGAAAGGGCGAAAAAACUUGCAAUUUCCCGACCACCCGGGGGUCGAGGUAGAGGCAAGGUCGAACCAUUGGUUUUGAUUUUAGCGCCUACGCGUGAAUUGGCAACUCAGAUAUUCGAUGAGUGUCGUCGGUUUACAUAUAAGACUAUGAUGCGACCCUGUGUUGUGUACGGUGGAGCCGACGUUAGAACUCAAAGGAUGGAAUUAAGCAAAGGAUGUGAUGUGCUUACUGCGACUCCUGGCCGUUUAAACGAUUUUUUAAAUAGGACAGUGAUUAGUUUGUCCAGAGUCAAAUAUCUUGUUCUUGAUGAGGCCGACCGUAUGUUAGACAUGGGAUUCGAAACUGAAAUUCGCAAGAUUGUGCAAAAAUCUGACCUCCGUGAAGAUGGUACAAGACAGACUUUAAUGUUUUCAGCAACAUUUCCAAAGAAGAUUCAGGAACUUGCGCGUGAUUUUCUAUCGAAGACACAUGUAUUCUUAACAGUUGGACGUGUUGGUGGUAUUCCAUCUGAAAUCACGCAGAAGGUUAUCUACGUCAGAGAUGAAGAUAAACGCAAGGAACUUGUGGACCUACUGUUGAAACAGCCACCAUCGCGUACUUUGAUAUUUGUCGAAACUAAGCGUGGUGCGGAUUCUUUGGACGAUUACCUAUAUAAUCAGAAUUUUCCAACUACAAGCAUUCAUGGAGACAGAACACAGAGAGAGCGUGAAGAUGCUCUGGCUUCAUUCAAGUCUGGUCGGUCACCAAUCCUCAUUGCCACUGCUGUCGCUGCACGAGGCCUUGAUAUCAAAAAUGUGAUGCACGUCAUUAAUUACGACAUGGCAAGCGAAAUUGACGAAUACAUUCAUCGUAUAGGCAGAACCGCUCGUGUUGGGAACCCUGGAUUGGCUACGACGUUCUACAAUGAGCGUAAUGAAGCAACUGCCCCUGAUUUGGUGAAGAUAUUAAUCGAAUGCAAGCAGGAUGUUCCCGACUUUUUGCGCGCUCACACGGCAAGAGAAACAGAAUCGGAUGAUUUUUCAGAAAAUACAGGAAAUGAUUAUGGUAGGAACGAUGAAGAUUACUCAACGAGGCGUAAUCAAGAUUCCUCGACGUGGGGUAAUCAAGAUUCCUCGACGUGGGGUAAUCAGGAUUCCUCGACGUGGGGUAAUCAGGAUUCCGCAAGGAAUAAUCAAGAUUCCCAAGCGUGGAACAAACAGGAUUCCCAAGCGUGGAACAGUCAGAAUCCUCCAGCGCGGAACAAUCAGGAUUCCCAAGCGUGGAACAGUCAGAAUCCUCCAGCGCGGAACAAUCAGGAUUCCCAAACGUGGAACAGUCAACCUCAACCACCAAUGCAGCCUCAGUAUACACCGCCACCAGCGCAGCCUCAAUAUUCACAACUACCUCCACAACCGCCAAUGCAACCGCAAUAUUCGCAGCCUCAGUAUUCACAAACACCACCGCAAUCUCAAUAUCCACCAAACACUAGUAGUUAUGCUUCUAAUCGGGCACCUUAUGUACCACAAUCGCAGCAGGAUGACUACCACGUGACGCCAUCCAAUUACAACAGUAGUUAUUCAAAUGGAUUUACUCCUGCGCCCAGCAAUUCAGAUGGUUGGGGUGCGGCGACGACGACUCAGAGUAACGAUACGAGUUCAUGGAAUCCAGAUGCACCACCACCGUGGAUGUAA